ACUGGCCAGCCAGUGAGCAAAAGAGAGACCUGCCAUGAAUUGGAUUCUACCAAUAAGCAAAAGCAGAAAGGAGUGGAUUCCUGCCGUCAAUCAUGGCAGGCGGAAGGACAAUGCUCUGGGAAUGACCUCAUGUGACUGACAAACUUUAGUUAGUUUUAGCAGGAGUUUUUAAAGGUUUAGUUAGCUUUUUAAAAUAAUUUUUUAGAUAUUUAUUGAUCGUAGGCGAUCGUUAAAAUCAGUUUGUAGUACCAGGCGAUUCUAAGACUUGGAAAGAUUAUGAUUUUUAUUGAAUGAUUAUUCUUUCGGAAAUCUUGGAAUACUUUACUAGAAGUUUGCUGCACGUUGUGAUAGUGAGGAGGGAACAAGCGCGUGUGUGGUGGCAAAAUGCAGCAGUAUGAGCCUGUGGCAGAGAUCGGAGAAGGGGCGUAUGGUACUGUUUACAAGGCACGAGACUCUCUGAGUGGAAAAUUUGUUGCUCUAAAAAAUGUGCGGGUUCAAAGAAAUGAAGAUGGCCUGCCACCGUCGACUGUGAGGGAAGUGGCCCUUCUGAAGCGGCUGGAGUAUUUUGACCAUCCCAACGUUGUAAGGUUGUUUGACGUGUGUGCGACAAUGAGAGCAGACAGAGAAACUAAGGUCACUUUGGUGUUUGAGCAUGUCGACCAGGAUCUGAAAACUUAUUUGGAGAAAGCACCGUCACCUGGCCUACCAGCUGAAACAAUCAAGGAUCUGAUGAAUCAGUUGCUGAAUGGUUUGGCAUUCCUUCAUUCUCAGAGUGUGGUGCACCGGGACCUUAAGCCAGAGAACAUCCUGGUGACCAGCCGGGGACAGGUGAAGCUGGCUGACUUUGGCUUGGCUCGUAUCUACAGCUGCCAGAUGGCCCUCACUCCAGUGGUGGUGACCCUGUGGUACCGUGCCCCAGAGGUACUAUUGCAGGCAACAUACGCUACUCCUGUUGACAUGUGGAGUACAGGCUGUAUCUUUGCUGAGAUGUUUCGACGAAGGCCUCUGUUUUGUGGGAAAUCGGAACUUGACCAACUAGGAAAGAUUAUUGAGAGCUAUUGGCAUUCAGCCCUCAUAAAAGAAUCUCCGCUUUUGACGCCCUGCGACAUCCUUAUUUUCAAGGCCAAAGUCCUGAAGUUUAAGAUCGAUAGUGAGCUGAGGAUAAGAAACUGCCUGUGCCUUUGUCUGCAAAUCAUCACUUGGGUGCUACUGUUACAACUGUCCUACAGACUUGCACUCAGGAUAGGGAGGGAGGAGGGGUGUUUCACAGAAAACUGAGCAUUAACCAACUGAGGGCUUGUCAUAGUUUGCAAAAUGUUUUUCCUUCUCAUGUUGAUUUGUAAAACCCUACUCCUUUGGCAAAGUGUGUGCAGCCUGAAAUGUAUAAUUGAGUGGCUCUUUCGGGGCAUCUCUCCCCCCCCCCGCACCACCACCACCGUCCAAUGCAGCCUUCAGUUGGUUAAAAUGACGUAUCUUUGCUCUAUGCAUGGCAUCAUUUUCUUGAUGUGCACUAGUUUGCCUGUCCAUUUACAUGGAAGUCCAACUGGCACUGAACAUGUUUCAUGCCAUUUGAGGAGGUAGUUAUGCUGUCUAUCCAGCUUCUUUCUUCUCUCCACCCCCUCCGACCCCCCCCCACUCCUCUAAUGGUUUUGUUUAAAAGCAUGGUUAGACAAUAGUACUGUUUCAACCAACUCCAUUUCUAUGUUGGCAGGAAUGAAAGACCUUCCUCUGAGGUUAUAUUAAAAUGAUUGCAGGUUGCUCCGCAUUGCCCAGCAAUAAUUCUUCUCUUUCUCCCUUGCUCUGUUCUGCAUGGUCCUCCCCACCCGCCAAAAACAAAUGACCAAUGCAUUAAACUUUCUCAAAGGAGCCAUGUCCCAUGAAUCCUGAAAUCCUAUUUGAACUUGGGAUGCCGUAAAGCGCUUCAUAACCAAUGAAGUAUUUUUGAACUGCAGUUCUUUUUUUUUUAAAUUGAAGCGUAUGAAACACAAGCCAAUUUGCACGCCAAGCUCCCACAGAUAGUGAUGUGAUAAAUGACUAGAUCAUCUGUUCUUGGACAGUGAUUGAUUGGGAAUGAAUGUUGGCCCCAGGACACCAGGGCGAACUCCCCUUGCUCCUCUUCUGGUUGUGCCCUGAGAGGCCAGACUCCUUCAGUUAAAGCCUCUUUUGGAAGCUGCAAUCUCUGGGACAACAUUCCCUCAGUGGAGUGUUAGCCUAGAUUUUGUACUCUCAUCUGAGUGGGGCUUGAAUUCGCUACCUUUGACUUCCAGACAGGGAUGCUACCCCACAAUGGCCUGCAGUUAUGGACAUGCAGCCAGUGGAAAGAUGUAUAUGGUACCAGUGUAUCCUUGUGUUAUAUUAUUUGUCAUUUUGGCUGAUCCACCUCCAUGUGACUUGGCUUGAAAACUUGGGGAAAACCUGCAGGUUUGCAGCUCUGUUUGCUGUCUAACCCUUUCACACUAAGGAGCAAGAGGUAUGUUUACCAAGCAUAAUUAAAGGUGGUUAUUGCUACUGGAAAUAAUUGAUUAUGACUAGUUGAUCACUUGUCAUUUGGCAGCACGGAAGUUUAGUAUUGCUGGGAAGAAGUAUUCAUUGUCAAAUUUCUUUAUCUUGCACGCAUCAGAACAAUUUGCAAGAAUACCAAAUGGAGUGAAAACCUGAAAUUCAUACAGCACAACGUUUACACAUGCCUACUUCAAUGCAUCAAAAUACAUUCUCUUGUUUGAUCAAGUUAUUAUCCUGCGAAACAGUCAACCUGACUUUGUUUAAAUUUUAAAGUUUGAUAGUUAAAUGCAAGUCUUCGUUAACUGGCACGUGCUCCAUGAUACUGUCUGUACCAAUUAGAGUCCACUUGUCAACCAAUCAGCAUUCUUCUCUCCUCUCCUACAGUAUAAAUGUUGUUUCCUUUUGCUUUGGUAUUUCAAGGAUAUUGUCCUGAUGAAUGCAAAAUGAAAAGCUUUGGCAAGAUAUGUGUUUUUCAACCAUACUCAUUUAUUUCUUCCUUGCCUCUCAACUGGUCAGUUUCCCCAUGAUUAUAGGACUGUGCAAUAUGGUUUUGAAAUUCUUACACACUAAAACCACCUUGCCAAAUCUCCGCCUUUUACUGGUGCAUGGGAGCGGUGCUUGACAGACGCUUUUGGGCUACAUUUAAGGACCCUGUUUGUAGUACUCAAUGCCCGACUGUUGUUCCAAUUUAUAGGCACUAACAGUCUGAAUAAAAACUUUGUCCGAAUGUU